GGGCGCGGCUGAAAAGAAUGGAGAGCUUAUAACUUCGGUUUAAUGCGGUGUCGAGUCGAUUUUUGGGCCUCGAACCUCGACUUUCCAAACUUGUACCACGUCCUCACUUUCCGCUGAGGCCACUUGUCAUCUUUCCUCCCAUGACUUCCGUCUCGCGAUUCCUCGUGCACUUGGUCGUCAUCUUUCCUAUCCUAGCCGUUCUGCAUCUUCCGAGAUCUCAUUCACCAGCCAUCUGUGGAGAAGUACCUAUCGCUUGAAAUCAAAAAAUCACCUAUUCCUAGGAUUUCAAGUGAGAAUAAUCCUCCCACGUCAUGCCGUACGUUCCUCCUCAUAAGCGAGCCGGUGCAAGCAGCUCCGGCUCCGAACCUCCUUCCGGGACGGCAGCAGGCCAUGCAGGCUCGGCACCAGGCUCGGAAAGCAGGUUCGGGAGAGGCCGAGGCAGAGGCCGUGGUCAGGCGGGUGGCCGAGGCAAGAAUCAUGCGGCAAAUAAGAUAUCGAUAAAGAAUUCUCGCGAUGUUGUGCUUGCUACAGUAAUCGACGAUUAUGCUGAGCGAGAAUCAUCCGUUACUGGAACCCCAUGCAGCAGCAGCUGUGCUUGUAACGGAGGGAAAUCUCGCUGCAAUCGCAUGCGGCUCAGAUUCCAACCGUUUAAAGGGCGGAGCUACCUGCACCUACAGGGUCAGAACCUGUCCCUUCUAAAGAGGGCUCCAGAUUCCGACGUUGACCAUAUCGAAUCCCCUGAAAUCGAGUACACUCCACCACCUGCAGAUUCUCCCUCCUUUGCAACCUCUGCUGCACCCACUGCAAUCCCUGCAACCCCUGCUACCAUACAUCCUGCUUCAGAUGCCUCCGCCUCCGCCGCCUUUCCUCUCCCCAUCACCACCCCGGCCUCCCUGUUCGACGCGGUAGCCGGCCCGCUGCUGAAGGGGCUAGAGGCGGCGCACAAGGAGAUGGAGUUUGCCGCCCAGUCGCAGUUAAGAAAGUCGUCCUUGGACCGGUGCAAGCUCGUGGUGCGCCUAGGGAAGCUGCUGUUCGGACCUCCUUUCGGCUCCCCAGAGUCUCUCCUCCCUGGCCUACCGCCCUUCACAGCGGGCGCAUUCGAGUCGAACUUGAACAGGCAGGCGCAGCGGCUGCCAGUGAGGGUGCACCGGUCGCUGGAAACGGGCAUGCCUGAGCCUCUAUUUCAGGCAGUUGAGGGCAUUGUGAUGGGGGGAGAGGGCGGGAGCGUUCAAACGAAGGAGACGUACCACAUACGGGUAGUAGACACAGACCAGAUGGACACAGAGUACAAGUUGAUAUGCAAGCCCGACCCUGAUGGCUCAGGGGUUAUCCUCGUUAAGGUGAAGCACAACCCCCUGCGCUAUGCAGUGGUUGACGUCUCUCGCCCCGCCAAGGCCAUUGACUUCCGCCUCAUGCUCGCCACCGACACCCGCCUCUGCUCCCUCGAUGUCAGUCAUGAGUCCUCUGACCCAUGGGGCACACAGACAGAGAUGAGGCCACCCAGUCAGCCUGUGAGCGCAUAGCAUCCUCGGCGAUCAUUGAAGACAGCUCAAAGGGCGGGCUGCACUGGCCAAUCACCGUCGACUUCGAUGUCGGCAUGAAGGACGCGCCCUCACCAGCACACUCCCCAUCAGCGCACUCAUCGUCACAUGCACCAGCGCACUCACCCGCAUCGCCAUCGCACCGCUUCAGAGUGCGGAGUGUGCGGCACCAGAGGCGGCUGCGUGUGCAGUCAGGCGGGCAGCUGUGGAAGCUGUCGCGAGUCAACGGGGUGGAGUUUGACCAUGGAGGGGGGCGCCUCACUAACGAAGUCGAGUUUACCCUGCUGCCCUGGCGACAGCAGAUGAAGGCCACGAAAGAUGCACACAACGACGCUGCCGCUUCUCCCUCUCCCCUAUCCAGCGAGCCCACACCCACCUCCUACUUGGCCGCAUCGUGCUUUGACUCGAGCUUGCAGCAGGCAGCACCACAAUGGACUCCAGAGAGCAUUCUGGCUGAAUGCCCUGCCCUUAUCGACUGGUUGCAGCAGCACCUGCCGUAGAGGAAGAAGAGAGAUCAAGGCCGGUUGCUCCUGCUGCUACCGGUGCAGGCUACUAUGGAGGCAAACAACAACGCUAGCGUUUCUCCUUCCCUGUCAACGAGUCAGCAGCACCCCCCUACUCGGCGGCAUCUUGCUGGCAGCACCCAAGUGGACACCAGGGAGCAUUCUUCCUGAAUGCCCCACCCUCAUACACUGGCUGCAGCUGUGUCUGUCGUAGAACCGGACUCCCCUACCUGGCUGAAGCAACAACUGUUGUCGAGUUUUAGUGGAGAACGGGGGUCUGGUGGUGAUUUCCAGUGAGCAUUCCUGCUGGAAGCCUUGCCCUUGAUAGACUGGCUGUAGCAACACCUGUUGUAGGCAGAGGGUCUUGUAUAAUUUUGUACACCUGUUGACAGGCACGCUCAUAUGCAUUUUCAUGGGCAGUUAUUAGAAUGCAUGUUUGGCCACAUGCUGUAACGUUA